CGGCCACUCAGCGAUGGCCGCCUGCGCAGGGUCCUCGCCUGCCCUGCCUCUUCUAAGGAACGGGGGCCAGAAUGAAAAAGAUGAAGAGCUGACCGUCAAAGUGUACAUGGAUAAGGAGUGGAUCGACUAUCGGCUCACCUGGGAUCCGGCUGAGUUUGAGGGGAUCACCUCCAUCCGACUCUAUGCAGAGGAAGUGUGGCUCCCUGAGGUUGUUCUCAUGAACAACAAUGAUGGUGUCUUUGGAAUUGCUCUCAGCGGGAACGUCCUCGUGCGCCACGACGGGAGGGUCCGCUGGCAGCCCCCGGCCCUUUAUCGGACCAGCUGCAGCAUCCAGGUGACCUAUUUCCCGUUUGACUGGCAAAACUGCACCAUGGUCUUCCGGUCGUACACUUACGACGCCUCGGAGAUCACCCUUCUGCACCCCGUCGACGAGGACGGGCAGGAGGUGAAGGAGAUCCACAUAUAUGAAAACACCUUUAUUGACAACGGGCAGUGGGAGAUCCUGCACAAACCGGCCCGCAAGAACACCCACCCGGAGGACCCGCUCUACGAGGACAUCACCUUCUACCUCAUCAUCCGCCGGAAGCCGCUCUUCUACCUCAUCAACGUCAUCAUUCCCUGUAUCCUGAUCACCAUCCUGGCCAUCUUCGUCUUUUAUCUCCCGCCGGAUGCUGGUGAGAAGAUGACCCUCUCCAUCUUCGCGCUCCUCACCCUCACCGUCUUCUUGCUCCUGUUGGCCAAAAAGGUCCCAGAGACGUCCCUGGCAGUGCCGAUCAUCAUCAAAUACCUCACGUUCACAAUGAUCUUGGUGACUUUCUCUGUCAUCUUCAGCGUGGUGGUCCUCAACAUUCACCAUCGCUCACCCAGUUCCUACAAGAUGCCCUUCUGGGUGAGGCAGAUCUUUAUCCACAAACUCCCCCGGUAUUUGUGCCUGCGGCGCCCAAAGCCGGAACCGCCCCUCAGGGAGACGCUGGUGAAAAGCAGCCGCCACGCUGACGAGUACUUCAUCCGCACCCCUGCCUGCGACCGUUCCAAACCCGGCAGGUUUCAGCUGGAGACCCUCUCCACAGACCUGCGGAAGUUCAUCGACGGCCCCAGUCACGGCAUCGCCCUCCCUCCCGACUUGAAAUCCGCCGUGGAUGCUGUCUCGUACAUCGCCGAACAGCUUCAGGAGCAGGAAGAUUACGAUGCCCUGAAGGAAGACUGGGAAUACGUUGCCUUCGUGGUGGAUCGGCUGUUCUUCUGGACCUUCAUCGUCUUCACCACCACCGGCACCCUCACCAUCUUCCUGGACGCCAGCUUCCACCUGCCCCCGGAGCAGCCUUUCCUCUGAGGAGCCCCUCCUGCCAAGAAGGCGGCCCACCGGCCGGAGAAGAGGACCCCAAGGGAGAUGGCCAGGCCCGCAGCAAUCUUCAUCCAGAGCAGCUUCCCCAACGUGGCACCCUCCAAACGGGUUGGACGGACUCCCAUGUCCCCCCACCGGCAAGGGGCUGAGGAUGAUUGGAGUUGGACUCCAAGACAGCUGGAGGACCCCGCCUUAGGGAGGGCUGCUCCAGAGUCUUGUUACGUUUCACAGCCGAGACUCGGUUUGGAACAAUUAAGCCUGGCGAGUUUUGCUCUCAUCGUGCGUAGAGAGAGACCUAAUCGGUGCCUCUGUCCUUCCUUGUGUCAGACGCUCUUACACUCCCAAUUUCCUUCUGGUUUACUCACUGUGUCUUCCCCUACAAGCCCUUCUCCCAGUUUUGUGCUUUCCAGAAAGGUGAGGACCUGACCAGGAUGUAACUAAUGCUGGGUUUUUUUUCCAUUGAAAAUCAGACACUUCUUUAAAAAUGCUACUUUUCUUAUUUUAAUGGGAUUAUAGCCUUUAAUGGAACUAUAGCCUGUAGAACGUGAAUCUAUCCUUUGUGGGCUCAGAUUUCUUCCUCAUUUGCUUCCAGUGACACGCAACGAACGGUUCACAACAAACAUAACUCCAUCCUGUUUUGUGACCCUCUUCUGUUUCCCCCAAAUGUUAAAGAGUUUGGUGUUAGGAACCUUGUCGGAAUGGGGGCGAUAAGGGUUUUUGGGGGCUUCAAAUAUGCCUUCCCUCCCUUGCACAGAAGGAAAGGUUUUGUGGAAAGCAUUGAUUUUGGUUUCCAAGGGCUCAGGAGUGUGACGUCUCACGCUCCCCCUUGUCUGACUGAGCACCCUGAAGAUGCCCUAUGCAGAGCAUGGUCAGAGGGAAAAGAGGGAGACCGAAGCCAGGGCGAAACACCAGGGUAG